CUGAAACUUUUAUAUUGAAAGCGUUUUUUCUAUGCAAAAAAUCCACUUUCCAACUAGUUUCAUUUUUCCUACGCUUUCAAGUUUCUUGAAUCAGCUUUUAUAUACAGAUAUAGUCAUAAUUAAUAAAUAUAGCUUCCAAGUAAAAUAAAAAUAAAUAAGUGACUAUGCAAAGAAGUUCUAAAAAUCUACGCGCGUCUAUUUCAGACAUCUGCGAUGUUCGAUUGAGCCCAAUUUCUGAUUCGGAAGCCUGGAUUAUUCUUUAUCAAGGAGUUAAAACCCUUAGAGAUAUUCUUAUAAACGGAUUAGCUCUUAACGGCCACCGACUUUCCUUCAUUAUCACGCCUGAUACCCUAAAUUUUGAGCUUACUGGCACGAUCGAGUUUUCAGAUUAUUCUAAAAGAUCUUCUUACGCAGCUUCCCAUUUUUUGGCGCCCGAAGUGUUACAAGGUCAAACUCUGGCUAUGCUUAAACACAUAGAAGCCGCGCAUGUGUUCUCGCUUGGAGCUGUUGUUUUUUGGGCUCUGACUUUCCAAGAAAUGAGACAUCAAAAAGAGUUAACGCCUAAGCUAAGGAAUCUAUUGGCUAAAAUGAUUCAAAAUGUCCCGGUAGUUCGAGCAAGUUUUGAAGACAUUUUGGACAUUGCGGUUGACCAGGUUGCUUUAAAUGGGUCCUCUCCAGAAAUGGUGAUUGGAAAACUGGCUCAAUACGUGUUCGGAGAUCCAACAAAUCACCCUAAACAACAAAAAUCACAAUAUAUUCCUGAAGUACUGAAACAAAACCCGACCCAAUGCGAUAACCAACAUCCAUCAGCAUUCCGCACAAUUUACCAACAAGGUCAAGUUCACCAGAAAACAACUAACCUUAAUUCAUCUGAUAAACAAGUGCAUGAUGCAAACCUAUCACAAUUACCUUAUUUGGGCAUCUCUUCACUUCCAACUAAACAAUUAACAGCAGCUAGAAAUUUUCCAGAAGUGGAAAACUUUCCGACAAGAGAUAUCGCAGCCCAAAACCAUAAUGCAAAACUUGACCUGACGAACAAAAAUAACAGCUUUGCUGGACAGAUUAUAGCACCGAGCGACCGUGAAAAUGUUGCAAACCAAAAGAAAAAUACAGGCAACUCUCUGAAAAAUGACAAUUUUGCACCAAAAAUAGAGCCAUCUUUCAAUGACAAACAUACGUCUACCGAAGACUUCGACGAUGUUUCCGAAAGAAAUGAAGUUUUGUUACACCAAGCGGCGGGAGAACACAUCACGCAAACGAAUAGUCCUCUCCCAAAAGCUGAUCAAAAACAAGUCGAAAGCUCUAAUAGCAAAUCUUCAAAUGAUGAUUCCGUGCCUACUACACACAUGAAAGGUCCCGAAUUCGUAUACUGGAGCUCACAAACACCUGAAACUAUCAGCAUUCCAUUUGAAAGCGACUUCUUUGACCUUGAGAAUGAUAGUGGUGCUGGUUCAAAGCGAAAUGUUGUGAUUGAACUGAGCAAUGGUCGGCAAUUGGUCGUGGCUUGUACUCUGAAAUCAUCGAUACAGGAAUGCUACAACACUGUUCAGGAUAUUUUUGACGCUGUCGUUGAUCAUCUGAAGCUAUUGGAGCAUGCGUUUUUCGGACUGACACACUUUAGCCAGGGCGAGUACUUUUUCCUGGAGUUCCCGGAACAAUUGAGUGAGGUGGCACCGGAUAUGUGGCGACAAGGGAUAACAACAACAUUUAGCUUAAACUUGCAAGUGAAAUUUUACGCUCCAGACAUUCGAAAUCUUCUGGACCCCUUAACCAGACAUCUGUUCUAUCUGCAGUUGAGAAGGGAUCUUCUGGAGGAUAAGUACGAUUGUUCCGAGGAACUCUCUCUAAUCCUCGCAUCACUCGCCCUCCAAGCAGAGUUUGGAGACCACUCAGGCAAAAACAUGACUGAAAGUGGCAGAUACUUCAAGCCUGAAAAUUACGUGGCCCAGAGCGUACUCUCCUACCUCGGGUCGGACAAAGUCGAGUCGGCUCUCAUAACCUUACACGAGGCCAACUUGGGUCUGACCAAAACCGAAGCCGAAGGCCGAAUGAUCAUGCAAUGCUGUAGAAUACUAGACUAUGGUCGACAUUUUCACAAAGUUGUCGAGAUACAAGGAUCGGAAAUCUUCCAAGUGGUUUUGGGAAUCUCGACUGUUGGCGUUGAUUGCUGGCGACUUGACGACAACGAUGAAUUGUUCCGAGAGCUCGCAUACACUGUCGAGUGGUCCCAUAUUAAAAGCGUAUCUUUAUCUAAAACAAGUUUACUUAUUGAAACUUACAGCGUAGAUUAUCCUGUUUUGGAGUUUGCGACAGACUCGAUCAAAAAAGGAAAAUACUUGCUUCAACUUUGCUCCACGCAUUAUAAAUUCAACGAUGCUAAUGGUCAAAGUUUAAUGAACAAUGAAGAAAAGUCCAAGCAAUCAUACUCAAAUAUGGAAGAAAAUUUGCCGAGGAACUCAAGUAACCCCAAUUAUGCAAAGAACCAGAAUGAAACUACGCAGAGUAACCCUUCUGUGAAUGGCUUUUAAAGAAUACUGAACUUUGGCCCUGAUACUGUUGGAUAAAUUGGCCGUCGACAGAAACCAAACAGCACGAAGAAUGGGAAGAAAUGAACAAAAAAAUCGAUUAACUCUCAUCAAAAUUUACAUAUCAUUAAAACUGUU